CCCGCGGCACCGGGCGGUCCGUGGCUUAAUAAGGAGCGCUGGCGGUGUGACGGUGUUACUCAGCCCCACAUCCGGUGGAGCGGCGGGGCUCGAACCAGGGUCCGUGAGCACGAGAGCAGGACAGCAGGACAGCGCGCGUCCCCAGCGGAACAUGGCCUCAGACGAGCUGUCCUCCAAGCUGCAGCGCCGGCUGCAGAUCGAGGACGGGGAGCAGGAGCCGGUGGCCCUGGACGGGCCCGCGGACCACGACGGGUCCGAGGAGAAGUCGUGCACGGCCUCCGCGGACUCGGAGCUGGGCGCCAAGCUGGUCCGGAGGGGACAGCUGAACGAGGGACAGGGCGAGCACGCGCAGCCCAGCAUGAAGGUCUUCAACCCCUACACCGAGUUCAAGGAGUUCUCCCGGAAGCAGAUCAAGGACAUGGAGAAGAUGUUCAAGACGUACGACGCCGGGAAGGACGACUACAUCGACCUGAUGGAGCUGAAGCUGAUGAUGGAGAAGCUGGAGGCUCCGCAGACCCACCUGGGCCUGAAGAACAUGAUCCGGGAGGUGGACGAGGACCUGGACGACAAGCUGAGCUUCAGAGAGUUCCUGCUGAUCUUCAGGAAGGCGGCGGCCGGCGAGCUGGCGGAGGGCAGCGGCCUCAGCGUCCUGGCUCAGCUGUCCGAGAUCGACGUGUCCACCGAGGGCGUCAAGGGAGCCAAGAGCUUCUUCGAGGCUAAAGUUCAGGCCAUCAGCGACUCCAACCAGUUCGAGGCGGAGAUCCGUCAGGAGCAGGAGGCCAAGAAGAAGCAGGCGGAGGAGCAGAAGGAGCGGCGGCAGGCCUUCAGGCAGCUCAAGGCCAACUUCAACUGACCCCAUGACCCCCGCCCAACCAGGACCCCCACCUCCAACCGCAGGACCCCGUCCAACCAGGACAACCCCUUCAGUAAAGGCGGUCCCGGUCUGUUGGGGGUCCCGGUCCUGUCUCUCCUGCUCCAUGUUUCAGCUGCUCUGCUGAUAAAAGAUCAAAAUGGAUUCAUCCAUUCAUUCAGUUCCGUUCCCUCUGGACUGACUGAAUGAAUGAAUGAAUGAAUGAGUGAAUGAAUGAAUGGGUGAAUGUUUCUGCACUGUGUCGUCCUCCACUGGCUCCUCUGCGUCACUUGAAUCCUCUCCUUCCUCCACACGGUGCCAAACGCCAGCAGGGACCUCAGGGUUCUCUCUCCUCCAGGUUCUGGACCACAGGAAGCGGGUCGCUCCUCGGUCCGUCUCUGGAGACCACCUGCUGUGCAGCUCCUCACGUCUUCAGUCGGUCCAGCUGCUCCAGCGUCCCGAUGAGGGACUGCUGUCCCACAGAGACAGAACCUCCAUGUUUCUCUGGUGGUUCUGGUUCCGGCUCUGCAGGGAUCAGUAGAGUCCUGGUUCUGGUUCUGGUUCUGCUGGACUCACAGGGUCGAUGAGGAAGUGAAACAAAGAGACUCUUUUGAUUCUUUUAUUUUUUCGUCAUAGAAAAGACCAAACUGGUUUUCAGCGCGGACCCCCUUCAGGUACCGACCCUCCGACCAAACCGAACAGAACCGAACCACUUUGUUUUAUUUUCUUUCUUUUUGACAUUUAUGAGAAAAUCAGAAGGCUUUUACUUUGAAAGAACCAGAAUGUGAGUGUUGUCUCGGUACGACUGCCUGCUUCAUGUUCAGUGUUUUUAAUAAAGGGACCAACAAGCUGGUUUUCCUGGACUCCAGCGGUCCGGGUGCAGUCUGUCUGGACCCGGUCUAGACCUGUCAGUCCACAGGGACACGGUGUCCAGCAGGGUCCAGAUCACACAGCCCCUCCAGACCUGCUGGACCGGUCCGGGUAGGACCGGUUCCUCUGCCGGGUUUGGUCCAGAUCACAGGGUUCUGUCCUCUAAAGAUCAAAUGUCAAAGCGUCCUGGAGAGACGGAGGACGGACGCUCCCGGGUUGAUGUGGACAAUCAGUGUUUGAGGGAUGCUGGGAGGACUAUGCGUCCCCCGUCCCCUCAGAGGUUUACUGUCGAGUCAGUCUGAUCAGAUCAGCCUUAAGCCCCGCCCCCACCAGGUCGACCUUUUAGCCAAGAGAUUUGCACAUUUUGCACGUAGCUCCAGGUCCGUCUGGCUGAGACCAGGUCUGAUCGGACUUCCUGUUAGAAGUGUUAAAACCAAAGCAGUUUUAAUCGUCUCCCUUGUUGAGAACCGUCUUGGACUGAUGUGUGUUUUCUUUUUUAAACAGAACUGUGGGACCACUGAACCUGAGUGUGUGUGUGUGUGUGUGUGUGUGUGUGUGUGUGUGUGUGUGUCUUCUCUUCACUUUUCGCUCUUUAUACUUGUCAAUAAAAGUUGUCCUUGCAGCCGUGGACUCUGGA